AUGAUUGAAAGUCUCCUUGAGGGCAUGACGCCCGGGAAGGCCACCUUGUGGUUCCUGAGUCUGUUCACUUUCUUUUGUGUCUUCCGCAAAAUCCAGGCCUCUGCUCAGAUCGCGCGUCUUGGUGCUAGAGCCCCCAAGAUUGGUUUCCGGCUACCUUACGCUCUCGACUUCAUUUACGAUGGUCACAAAGCUAAUCUGGUGAACGAUGACAUCGCAUUUUGGAAAAGUAGAAUCACUACUGCCGGGGGUUUAACGAAUGUCAAGACAGCCGAGCUCGAUGCUGGAGUUUCGACUCGGGUGGUUUUGACUAUAGACCCAGAGAAUACGAAAGCCCUUUUAACUGGGCAAUUUGCAGAUUUUGGAAAGGGAGAGCCAUUUCACCGUGAUUGGAAAGAGUUCUUGGGUGACAGCAUCUUCACUACAGACGGAGAAUUGUGGUCGCGCUCGCGCCAACUCAUCCGCCCCAUGUUUGCUCGCGAUCGGAUUGUCGAUACCGAGAUAUUUGAAAAACACGUUCAAAAGCUCAUUCCUCUUCUCGGUGGAAGUCAUUCGCCCCAUGCUAGCCGAGUUGUGGAUGUUGGAUCCCUCUUCUUCCGCUAUACCCUUGAUGCAGCAACCGAUUAUCUACUAGGUCAAGGCACAGACAGCCUGGAAAAUCCAGCAACUAGAUUUGCGGAAGCCUUCAGAUAUGUGCAACAACGACAAGCCGAAUUAUUCCGAUUUGGUGUCUUCAGCCCACUCAUGUCACGCAAGGAGUUCCGAGCCAACCUCAAGGUCAUGGAUCAGUUCAUUCAGCCCUACAUUGAGACGGUUCUAUCCCUUUCAACUGCGGAACUUGACCAGAAGUUGUCGAAGCGUGAAACCUUCCUUGACGCCCUAGCUCGCUUUACACGUGAUCCUCAGGUUCUGCGUGACCAGCUCGUUGCUGUGCUACUUGCUGGUCGAGACACCACAGCCGGAACUCUGUCUUUCUGUCUCUACGAGCUAUCAAGACACCCCGAAGUUGUCGCCAAGUUACGCCAGGAAAUCCGCGACCGCUUGGGCGUCGGCGCCAAUGGCCAGAAGCCCAGCUACACCGAUCUUAAAGAGAUGAAGUAUCUUAGUGCUGUUCUAAAUGAGACUAUGCGUCUGUAUCCGGUCGUUCCGUUCAAUGUUCGCUACUCGCUCCGCGAUACUACACUCCCUCGCGGUGGUGGACCAGAUGGUCUCGCCCCGGUGGGCGUGCGCGCUAACACUCGAGUCAUCUACUCCACUAUGCUUAUGCAGCGGGAUCCUGAUCUCUAUGAUGGACCUGAGUCAAAGAACUACUUCGAUCCCGGCCUGUAUAUUCCAGAGCGCUGGGUUGAGGGGUGGCAGCCGCGUCCGUGGCACUUCAUUCCCUUCAAUGGAGGUCCUCGUAUCUGUAUUGGUCAACAAUUUGCCACUAUCGAGAUGGGAUACACCGUUAUCCGUAUUCUUCAAGCUUAUGAGCGUAUUGUUGCGCUCCCGGUGAGUGGCAAAGAUCGCGUUGAGGACCCAGUAUUGAGGUUCGAGGUCACAUUGAGCCCUGGCGCGGAAUUGAAUUGUGUGUUUGUUAAAGAGGGAGAGGACUAUGCACGCUCCAAGGAGAGCGCUUCUGCAUGA